CUCAUGGCAGGAGGAAACCAAAGCGACAGCUUUGAGCUCCUUCUCUGGGGACUCUCAGAUAAGCCAGAGCAACAACGUGUCCUAUUUCUGGUGUUCCUGUGGAUGUAUCUGGUAACUGUGACUGCCAACCUGCUCAUUGUCCUGGCUAUUGUCACAGACAAACACCUUCACACGCCCAUGUACUUCUUCCUUGCAAGCCUUUCAUGUGCAGACAUUCUCUUCACUUCCACCACUGUACCCAAGGCCCUGUUGAACAUCCAGACUCAGACUAGGUCCAUCUCCUAUGCAGGAUGCAUGGUCCAACUUUACUUCUUCUUGACUUUUGGCGACAUGGACAGCUUUCUUUUGGCCACAAUGGCUUACGACCGCUAUGUGGCCAUCUGCCACCCUCUUCACUACACAAUGAUGAUGAGCCCCCGGCGCUGCACCCUCCUAAUUACUGCCUGCUGGACCCUUACUAAUAUGGUAGCCAUGACCCAAACCUUUCUCACAUGCAGACUUUCAUUCUGCUCCAAGAAAGUAAUUCUUGAUUUCUACUGUGAUUUGGGUCCCCUGAUGAAGGUGGCUUGUUCUGACACUCAGGUCAAUGAACUUGUGUUGCUUUUUCUUGGAGGAACAGCCAUAUUAAUUCCCUUUACACUUAUCCUGGUCUCUUAUAUCCGCAUUGUUGCAGCCAUCCUCAGGGUGCCCUCUGCCCAGGGGAGGCGCAAAGCCUUCUCUACCUGUGGGUCCCACCUUGCUGUUGUUGUUCUGUUCUUUGGGACAGUGAUCAGGGCUUAUCUGUGUCCCUCAUCCUCUACCUCCAACUCAGUAGAAAAGAACACCGCAGCUGCAGUCAUGUACACAGUUGUGACUCCUUUGUUGAACCCCUUCAUUUAUAGCCUAAGAAACAAGGACAUGAAGGGAGCCCUGGGGAGACUUCUCAGGGGCAAAGUCUUUAUCCUGAGGUGCAAGUAA